AUGUUGAGGGUGAAAUACGAAACGAGAAUGCUUCAGAGCGAGGACUUCUCAGUGCCACUCCCCAGAAGAGAAGUGUCUGGUGAUGCAUCAGAGACAGCCAUCAUGAAAUAUUGCGAGUUGAUCCUUGGGAAUGGAGGAACCGGACCACAAAUGCGUGACAAGAGUCCGACAGCUUUGCAGAGUCAUUCAAUCGCCAACACGUACAGUACUAUCUACACAUGUUGGUGCAGCUCUAAUAGAUGGCCUUCUGAAAUCGAAAGCUUUCGAAUCACACUCCAUGCACAUGAUCAGACCUUUUCAACAGAUCAGCAGAGCAGCUCCUUCAAUGUCUCAAUCCAUCAGAAUGGCGACCGCUAUCUAUUAGUAAUGAAAGGAGCACCGGAGAAAAUUCUCAAGGCAUGUUCAACGCUAUUGACCGAGGGAAACGAGAAAGACAAAGACAAGAAAUUUGAAGAAGAUUUUAUCAAGGCUUACGAAACGUUGGGAGGGUUUGGAGAGCGUGUAUUGGGAUUCUGCGAUCUGGACCAUGUAUCCAGAAAAGUUCCUCUGAACUACGUCUUUGACCGAAAUCCGAAUUUCCGCUAA